UCUGAAAGGAUGAAGACGAGUCUGUGGUUGGCAAUUAUAUUACCCGUAAGUCACUUGGUUGGCUUGGGUUCCUUUCAGUUUCCUAACUUUGUUGUGAAUGCCAGCCAAAACGAAGAGGAUUAUCGAUUUAGGUCGGUGUUCUUUUACGCAGAGUAUGGAGGAGGCCAAUGUCCCUUCUAUGACUAUAUGUUGGACCCGAUCAUCGUGCAUCCGUGGGCUAUUCGGGAAAACCUAGGCAAUAAUAGCAUUAAAAUCACUGCCGUCGUAGAGACAAAUCAAAACGAAACUAUGAUCGAGAGUUACAGAUACCUCGGAGAAACCUUUGUUCGGACAGGGCCUCUACAGAAAUUCCUCCCAUCAACCGAGGAAAGUAUAAAUUGCGAGAAUCUACGUAGCUCCACGAGGUACUGCCUGCCCUCGAUUUCGCACCACAGAGGGAAGCCCGUCAACUGUAGUGGUAGGUUGUUGUUCUCCGAGUCAUUUGGAGAUGGUGAGAAUCCUUUGCAUAAUUGGAAGCAUGUGGUGCAAUCACAGCUUCUGGAACCCCACUAUGAGGGAGUGGCCUUUGUGAAUCGAAGAGCAAACUCGUAUGUGGAAAACAACAUGCUUCACCUAAAGGUAACUAAGGCCAACUACGGCUCCAAAAAUCCCUUCUAUCUCGAGAACUGCACUUAUACGAAACGCGAUUCCAAUCAAAGAUGUGGCGAAAAGAAGUACAGAUUGCCGUUUAGGAAGUUUAUGCCUCCCUAUGACUCGGCGAAACUGACAUCCCAUGAGGCAUUUAAGUACUGCCGCAUAGACAUUGAGGCCAAGAUGCCCAUUGGAGACUUUCUUUUCCCAGGACUCACACUGACUUCAAUUAAUCACGACGCCAUUCGAAUUGCCAUUGUCCGGGGCAAUAAGAAGCUAAGCGAUUUCGCCGGCAACGAGGUCGGUGGGACAACCCUUUAUGCCGGUGCAAUCCUCAACGAUAACGGUGGACGCGCCUUUGAAUUGAAAGACUUCGCCUGCAGGGACGAUCACUAUGGCAACGACUUUCACAAUUACACGGCCAUUUGGAAGGAGAAGAGCAUCACCUUUAAGAUAGAUGGUCGCACCUUUGCUCAGAUAUCCAACUCAACAGUCGUCCAAGAACUCAGUCGGGCAGAGCGCCAUAUUGAGUUGUACCUAACCGUCGGCGGGGAGUACAAUUUUCCGGAUAACCGCAUUCCGCCAGAGCAGAAGAGUUAUCGCAAUUUCGAGACGGGCCUAUCAUCGAAAAUUAAAAAGGCCAUAACCAAUUCACCCGAUUGGGACCAAGCUGUGAUGAUCAUAAAAAAUAUUAAUGUUUAUUCUACCGACGAAUACGACGAAUGAACAUGUCCUGUGCGAUCUUACUGAUCUACAAUAUUCAAUAUCUUAAAUUUUGUAUUUUUCAUUACAUAUUUUCAUUGUAUUCAAAACUAUAACUGGGCCAACUAUAACUUAAACCAAUGUGACAAUGGUCAAUCUUAUUUUUAUAUGGGAACGAAAGAUUAAGAGCGUA